AUGCUUGCGUCCUGUGAGUUAGAAGGUGGAGGAAGGACGGUAAAAGUAUCCUCCAGACUGAGAAGGCACUUUGAGACUGCCAAACGAAGCAAGCCACUCCAUACCAUUUUCACAGAGUUUUACUCAGGGCAACUUACUGACCGUGGGGAUCAGAAAAGCCCAGGCUCUUGGACCUCACGCCUCUGUUCUCCGCAGGUUGUUUUGCAGAAUCUCCUUAUAUGUGUCAUUCUCUUCUACACUGUGUACUAUGCGGUUCUGGGCAUGUGCUGCAUGAUGCUCAAGGUGUAUGAGUUGGAUGUCCUGGCACCAUUUGAUUUCAAAACGAACCCCUCAUGGCUCAACACAAAUUAUAAAGUCCUUUUAAUCUCAACACAGGUUACCUACUUGGUGUGUGGAUUGCUUUUUGUUCUGGUUGUAGAAGAAUGGGUCUGGGAUUAUGCUAUUUCAGUAACCAUUCUUCAUGUUGCCAUCACUUCAACUGUUAUGUUGGAAUUCCCCUUGACAUCACAUUGGUGGGCUGCUUUAGGAUCCGGCUUAAUUUCAAUGAUAUGUGGAGGCCAGGCUUUCGCAUACUGUUUGUUCAAAGACAACUUUAUCUAUCCAGAUCUGGACGAGUUUUAACAAAACAGCUGAAUUAAUUCGCCUCA